AUGUCCAUCUCUGAAUUCAUUGAAAUGGACAAUACCUUCCUCACCCGUCUCGCUCUCCGGCGCCAGCUCAUCGCCGAUCACGGCACUCAUGUCAUUGCCGCACUCCCCACUAUUAAGCCCGCCGUCGAUGAGUUCUACAAGUGGAUGACGGGCGUCUACCUACCGCGGCGUUUUCCUGGCGUCUACUCGCACGCCCUCCAGCCCGGAACAGGCCACGCCUACCUCCACAACAAGGCCACCGACGAGUCCAUCCCGUUGCAUCCUCCCUCCAGCACCGCGGACGCGCUCCGCGUACUUGGUUCGCACGUUGACACCGAGUUCCUGUUCCUACGCCCAUCGCCCGAUCCGAGCGACGAGGGCAGGUACCGCCUAGAGGGCUUCGCCAACUGCUCACCUUCGGGGUUUGACACGCUGGCCAAGCUGGGCCUGCGGCUCGCCGACAUCCACACGCCGGUGCCAGGCUAUGCGCAAAAGCUCGAAAGGAGCAUGGAUCGCUUCUUUGCGGCACUGCCCGUUGGCAGGAUGGUGAAGAGGCACAACUGGAGCGUCACAACAAACAGAAACCUCUUCUCGCUCGGUGGGAACCAUCUUUACGAAGGGGAGGAGGUCAGGCCGUUGACGAGGGAGGAGGUCGACAUCGAUCAGUGCGUGCUCAGGUGCGAGAGGCAGACGCUGCAUCGGCUGCGGGACCAUGACGAUACGUUGGUGUUUGCGUUCAAGACAUACCAGUAUCCGCUGCGGGAGAUCAAGGAGGAGGGCAGUGGGGAGGCAAUGGCGCGGGCGGUUGAGGGAUUGAGUGAAGGCAGCGUGCCGCGCAUGGCAUUUUAUAAGAGGCAGGUUGUGUGGGGCGAUGUGGUGAAGGAGUUUUUGAGAGCUUGA